AUGCGCUCCGCCGCCGCGGUCGAGGGCAUCUCCCUGCUCAAGUCGGGCUGCGUGGCUGUAAAGUUUGGGGAGCAGGGCACGCCGCACGCCACCACCUUCACUCUGUCGCUGGACGAGCGCACGCUCUCAUGGGCGGCGCGCGGCGUCGUGUCCGGUUUGUUGCCGAGAUCGCGCGCCGUCGAGCUGCGACACGUCUCACGCCUGCUCGUUGGGGGAGAGAGUGAAGUCUUCAAACGCUACCGCGGCCGCCUCUCGGCGCCGGGUCGCGACUACCUCUCCCUGUCGCUGCGCUUCCACGAGGGCGGCAGCGGCGCGUCGGCCUCGUCCUCUCCGCCAGCGCAGUACAAGGUCCGUGGAGGCAUCGGCCCUGCAGGCGGAGGCGUCGAGCCCGGCAGCCGGCGCGAGUCGCUCGACGUCUCCUUCGACGACGAGGUCACCUUUGGCCUCUGGGUGGCGGCGCUCCGCGCCCUGCUCCCUCCCGCUGCCCUCCUCGACGAUCUGUUUGGCGGCGGCGCCGCGGCGUCGGCAGCGCCGGUGCUCUCGCAGCCGACCCCGCCCUCCACGGCACAGCCGACCCCGUCCUCUGGCGACCCAUGGGCUGCCUUCGGUGCUGCUCCUUCGGCUUCGCUAGCAGGGGGCGGGUUUGCGGCCGCAGCGGCUUCGGGCGCUGCUAACCCGUUCGACACGAGCGGCGACCCGUGGUCCGCGUGCGCUGCGCCGGCGUCACCAUCGGUGCCGCCUCUCUCUGCGGCGGGCGGGGAUGAUCUGCUUGAUCCCUUUGGGAGGCUUGAUGUGGGGCAAGCCGCGGGGGCCACAAACCCUUUUCAGAGAUGA